AUGGUGAUGGUGCUGGCGCUCCUUCGAACAGCUACAAAGCGGGCGACUGGACGCGUCCCACUGCUGCAACCCCUCGCUGGCGCACGCACCUUCGCCUUCCGUCCACGUCGGAAUGGCAACGACGACAAUGACGACUCGUUGCAGGGCUCUCGACGUCGCAAUUCGAAGGACUUGGAGCCUGAAGAGGAGACGGGCGACCUGUAUGACCCGUAUCGGGAGUACAUGGAGACUACGGGCGAGCGUGGCUAUCGGGAGUUCAACCCGGACAAUAUGGACAGUGAGGACUUUCAUCGGGAGUGGGAGGAGCCAGCUGCAAUGAUGGACGACAAGUCGUGGCCCGCUACGACGGGCUUGUCUGAUCUUUUCUUGGACCUGCUGAAUAUCCCAAGUGAACCACCGAGUGGCGAGAAGCUGGACAAGAUCUUGAAGGAAGCGUUUGCCCGCAUGGGCCACACGGGCCACAUUGACGACAUUAAGCUGCCGGAGAUGGACGUGGAAAUCCCAGCUGAUCAUCCGGAUAAGGAAGCUCUUGAUAUCAUGCAGUUGUCCAUGAUGAACAAUGGCCGGCUGAAGAUGGACGACAAGAACCAACUGCUUGCGUCGAUCAUUGACGAGCUGAACUACCUGCACAACGAUAAGACGACGCUGUUCAAGGGACUCGAGGACAUGGACGAGGAGAAGAGUUCGACGACGAGCAACGAGUGA